AAACCACACAUACUCGCGCACCUUCGUUCUCCUUCCUAUACCGCUGCUUGGCGCUGCAGAUGGAGGACGCGGCGCUUCGUGUUGGAACAAGACGGUAGUUGUCCACUUCAAGUCGCUGGAAUCUGUCAGAGCUCAACAGCCCGGUGGCAGAAUGAAGCGCGGACUGUAGGGUUUGCGUCAGGCGCGAAGACUAAACUAGAGCGUCAUUCUCCAUCGGAGUACACACAGAGUUGAGGACAGGCGCACUUGUCCGCUGUGUCUCGGACUCUAUAUGGAGGGAUGUCGGAAUGGCUUGCACCAGAAGAACCAAAACUUUGGUGUCUACGUGUGUGAUACUAAGUGGCAUGACCAACAUAGUGUGUCUUUUGUACGUCGGAUGGGUCACUAAUUACAUCGCUAAUGUGUACAUCAAAGUGCCGAUGCCUGUCCCAGCCAAAAAGUUGGAAGGCGACAGGAAAGGAGAAACUCUGCGGAUUAUAGAGCGACUGGAUCGGCUGGAGAAUGUAGUUAAUCAGCAUAUACAAGAAUCCCCGCUGAAAGGAGAUGACAAUCAGCUAGAUCGAUCUUUUUCCGACUCGUCCUUGUUCAACCACUGGGGCCAGGAUCUGGGACCAGAGAGCCGCAGAGUGGCCCUCAAGAUGUUCCAGUAUUACGGCUACAACGGUUACCUCAGCGACCGCCUCUCCAUGGACAGACCCAUCCCAGACUACAGACCUGAAGGGUGCAAAAACAUGUCUUACCCGUCCAACCUUCCACAGGUUAGCAUAGUCUUCAUCUUUGUGAAUGAGGCGCUCUCAGUCAUUCUGCGCUCCAUCCAUUCGGCCAUGAACAGAACCCCGCGCCACCUGCUCAAAGAGAUCAUACUUGUAGAUGACAACAGCAAUAACGACGAGUUAAAGGAGAAAUUACAGGACUUUGUCAAGGAGACCAACGCCAAGCAGCCCGGUUUCAUUAAAAUGGUGCGGCACAGUAAACAGGAGGGGCUGAUCCGCUCACGUGUGAGUGGCUGGAGAGCUGCCUCUGCCCCUGUGGUGGCCCUGUUCGACGCCCACGUAGAGUUCAACACUGGCUGGGCUGAGCCUAUUCUCCAAAGGAUCAAAGAAGACAGAACCAGAAUUAUAUCUCCAUCUUUUGACAAUAUCAAAUAUGACACAUUUGAGAUUGAAGAGUACCCACUCUCCGCUCAGGGCUUUGACUGGGAACUGUGGUGCCGGUAUCUGAACCCACCAAAAUCCUGGUGGAACUUGAACAAUAGCUCUGCUCCAAUCAGGAGUCCAGCCCUGAUUGGCUGCUUUGUGGUGGACAGGGAGUACUUUGCAGAGAUCGGUCUGCUAGAUGAAGGCAUGGAGAUUUACGGAGGAGAGAAUGUGGAGCUGGGUGUAAGGGUGUGGCAGUGUGGAGGAAGUGUGGAGGUGUUGCCCUGUGCUCGUAUCGCCCAUAUUGAGCGUGCCCACAAACCCUACACCGAGGAUCUUACUGCCCACGUACGCAGAAAUGCUCUGAGAGUGGCUGAAGUGUGGAUGGAUGAGUUUAAAAGCCACGUCUACAUGGCCUGGAACAUUCCACAAGAGGACUCAGGGAUAGACAUUGGUGACAUUGCAGAAAGGAAAGCACUGAGAAAAAAACUGCAGUGCAAGACCUUCCGCUGGUACCUAGUGAACAUUUACCCUGAGAUGAGAAUGUACACCGACACCAUUGCAUAUGGAGUGCUGAGAAACUCUCUGAAGACUGACUUGUGUCUCGACCAAGGGCCAGACACUGACAACAUUCCCAUCCUUUACCUCUGUCACGGGAUGACACCUCAGAAUGUAUACUACACCAGCACUCAGCAGUUAUUCGUGGGCAUCUUGAGCCCCACCAUUGACGAUGAUGACAACAAGUGCCUGGUGGAUGUGAACGGCCGGCCACGGCUCAUUGAGUGCAGCUAUGCUGUGGCUAAACGCAUGAAGCUCCACUGGCGUUUUACUCAGGGAGGCUCCAUCCAGAAUACAAAGUCAAAGCGAUGCCUUGAACUCGUGGAGAACAAUGACAAUGAGUUCGGAUAUCAGCUGACGCUCCAAAAAUGCACUGGACAGAACUGGACCAUCACCAAUAUGUUGCCUGGUAGCACCUUAUGAUGGUACUGUGGAGACUGAAGAACACGUGGAUCUAGGAGGACUGCAUUGACGAAUGAUGACAAGUUUAAGCACCUGGAUGUCUGACUUUGACUUUGACAUCAUAUGAUAAAUGUUAAACAUUUUUCCUAGCUACUGUACUUGUGCAUACUGAUAAGCCACAUUUGGCAGAUUUUGCAUUGUGUAUUAUGAGGUUCUACACUGUACUGAGAUUUAUUUUGUGCAAGGUAUACUUGGUUUUGUCUUGACUUGAAGGUUGUACUGGCUCCAAUGCACACAUUGAAGCCAUAAUUGCUACUAUGUAGCAAAGCUUUGGCAACGUUCUUGCUGUAUUUCUUUCUAGUGUCUCAGGUUUGUAGGUCGAGAUUAUUUUGAAAUAACUGUACAUUUUUGGGACAUGCCAAUAUGUUGGAACAUAUCUAGAUACAAUCAACUGUUUUAUAUUUACAUGUAUAGUAAAUAUUCUCAGUAUUUAUAAUUAAUGGCAGUAAAAAGGACAAAUGCUAAGACAAUUUGUGAGUUCUGCUGAUCUACAUUUUUCCACACAAGACCUGAUACCAUCUUUCCAGUAAACAGAGACAGAGCUGUAGUUGUUAUGACAGGUUAGGUAAUUCCUCACAGUGUCAGUAGUUUGCCUUAACAGAUGUGCUCUCUCUAGAGUACAACUCAGUGUUUGUUUCUUCAGAUGCAUGGCAUGCGCUUGAUGCGUUCACCAAAAAUAUUCCAUCAAGAUCACACUGUAUUUUAAAGCAGUGGCUCUAAAAUGGUGGAUCGCAAGCCAAAAAUAGGUUACAGGUCUGGUCGAUAUAGCAGAGGAAACACACAAUAGUUAUAACUAACCAUAUAGAAACAAUAGCGCAAUAAAUGUCUCUCUGUUUUUGAUAUCAAAUUCGGUCACACUUUAGUUUGAGACCAAUUCUCACUAUUAAAGUCCACUUCCAGAACAAAAAUUUACAAAUAACGUACUCACCCCCUUGUUAUCCAAGAUGUUCAUGUCUUUCUUUCUUCAGUCGUAAAGAAAUUACGUUUUUUGAGGAAAACAUUUCAGGAUUUUUCUCUAUAUAAUG